UUCGCAUGCACGAUUUGCUAGUCGAAAAAUCGUCGCGGAUCAGUUUGUACAACUGCGGGGCUGACAAAAUGGCCACCCUAACAGUAUCUCGGAGAAGAGAAAUAAUGCAAAAAGCCGGUUGGAAGAUUGACCAGAAUGAUGAGGCUUGCUAUAUAGAUAUUGAUGAAUGUGUGGACGAAGACUUGACUGCAGACGACAAUAGCUUCUCACAAUGGCACACUCUGCCCGAUAUAUUAUUGGAAGAAAUAUUCUCAUAUCUAACAUACAGAGAACGGUAUUACGCCAGUUUGGUAUGUAAGCAUUGGUACAGUGCCUUCUAUCUGCCCAUGGUGUGGCAAAACUUUCUUGUCGAUGAUCGAACACUAACACGUGCUAAAUACAACUACUACUCGGGCUGGCAAUAUUGUUUGGAUCAUAUACGAACACAGAACUGUCUGUCUCGAGUUGGCAAAUAUCUGCGCGGCUUGGAAUUCAGACCCGAGCAUAGUUUUAACAAUAUUUUCCAGUUUAUGACAAUGCUUUCAUGGAGUAUGGACAAAGGCUCUGAAGUGAAAGCACCUGCCGACCUUAAGUUUAUGGGCGCUCGCAUAAGAUCACUCGUCUACGUAUUUCCCUGCAAUAUGUCACAGGCUAACGAUCCUGAGGGUAUUAAACUCUUCGGUACUGGUGGUCAGUUGCUUAAAGGUCUCAAGGAACUCUUAUCCAAGUUGCGUGAUCUACGAACUUUGAAAUUAAUUGAUUUCGUACUGGAACGUUUUGAGGCCAAACAUUUGCUGGAUGAAGUAUUGGAAGCGUGCUGUACGAAGAUGCGCGUCUUAAAUUUGGUGAAUGUCACAACCACACAUUGUCCCAUUAUGCAUGUGGGACUGUUUAUCAAUUUACAGAUUCUAACAAUCUCACCGCAAAAUAUUGACGAUGACGUUUUAAUUUUAUUAGCCGAUACCAAAUUGAAGCAUUUGCAUUUGUUGCAAAACUGUUAUACUUCCACCUACCUGUCUAUUUCGCCUUGUAGUGUUAAGGCAUGGCGGCAACUGAAAAGGGAUAAUCCACGGUUAAAGGUGCAUCUUCGUGUGGAAUCCAUGGGCGAUGGCGAAGUUGUCUUCCAACCCGAAGCACCCGUGUACAGUGUCACUUAUGAGGCACCCAAAUCAAAAGUUAAGACAGACUUCGUCUUACGCAUGGUGGAUCAUUACAAAAACAAGCUCAGUGUGUACGGUCAUGAGACAUUGCCACGAUUCACCAGUCCAAAGCCCUUUCACAAUCGCAUCGACAGCCUGAUGCUGCUGAUCGCUCGACAGUGUUUCAAUCUGCACACUUUGUUUAUUCGGGAGAAAGUGUCUACCUCCACUGUGUUGUUGAUUGCGAGAACCGCUAAGAAUCUGCGUAUUCUCCAUGUACGUCGCUACGCGGUCAUCAUACGCUGCGAUUGGCCGCGACAUCCCGAAUGGACGGAUGAGUUCUAUAUUUGGCUGCGGCACACGUCGCGCUCUUACGAAGCAGUGGAACGCGAAGUGUCGCAAAUGCUCGGCUACAAGUGGCAUUUCCUCAGCGAUUGUGAAUACAAGAAACUGCAGGUGGAUGUGCGAAGAGCGUGGUGAGAGGAAGGAAAGAUAAAAAAGUGUGAUAUUAAAUAUAUGUUGACAUACGUAUCUAUCUAUACGGCAGUGUUUGUUUGUAUAUGCUUAAGUGUUUGAUCGAAUGCAAAUGCAUUACUGUUUUCUAUUUAUGUAU